ACUGCCAACAUAACCAAGCUGAAUAGAUGAGCACACCACUAAACGAUGAUGAAAGAAAAUGAAUGAAAAAAGCAAAUGGCUGACUAAAAUCGACGUUCUUGGUCCUAAUAUAAAUCCGAUGUAAUUACAUGAAUUAUGCGCUCUUCAUGAUUAUGAUUAGCGAAAUAAGAUUAUUUAAAGAGUAAAGAACUAAGAUUACUGCAUAUUACAGGCAGAAAGCCUUUAAAACUAAAGAUACAUCAGAAACUAAUACCUUAGCUUACACAAUUCGUACUAAAUUGCAAAAAUAUUUAUUGUGCGUGUGACGGACGCACGUCCGUUUAUUACUCAGUUGAAGUGAUGUGAAGUGUCGACAUAGGGCGGGGGCGCCGCCCCAGUCGACCAUGGAGCGAGGCUACGAUAAGAGGCAUACCAAACACCACAAGGAGAAGCAUAAGAAGCGGACUCAUAAAAAGCACAAGUCUCAUUCAGAUAACAAGACAAUAUCAGUGACAACCACAAGCCGACGAGCUGCUGAAGAAUAUGCUCUGCGGGAUGCAUCUGUGCCUAGGAAGAGACGCACAGAGUAUGAUGAACGUGAAGCAGACUUUGAUGACCAUGGUAGUUUUAAGAAGAAAAAAGACAAGCGGAAAAAGGAUAAGAAAAAGAAGAAGAAGAAAUCAAAGAAUAGGUCUAGAUCAGCAAGCUUAGAGAGCGUAUCACCGGAUGAUAUUCCUGAGGAGCCUCCAAUGAGAGCAGUAACACCACAGAGAUACCAGCAGGUGCCUGUGAGCGAAUGGGAGAAGCCAUCUUCUCCAUUGAGGAAUGGGGGAUCAUGCUCCCCUGUGUCCCCGUCGAUGACGCCACUGAUGCGGCACGAGUCGCCACGACAUCGUCCCUUCGCGAGGGAGCCAUCAUUACAUCACAACCCAAUGCCUUAUUCGCCUCACAGAGACAGAUCACCACCUCUCAGGAGAAGACAGAAAUCCACAACGCCCCAUACACCAUUAGCUCCUCCGUACCACGAGACAGUGACCAUAGAUUCUGACACGGAGGAAUAUGAUCGCGGUCGACGAGACUACUGGCACGAGCAACACCGCUUGCAAUCACCUAUCAUGGUGUCAGGUAAUACGCAUUACUCUCCAGUUCACGAAGUAGUGCCGCGUCCUCGGGACUACAGCCCACGUCGCUCCCAUAGGCGCCGGAGUCCGCACCAUCGCCGGCGGACACGAUCCAGAGACCGACAUCGUGAUAGGGACUUCAAAACUUCUCAUCGGUCUCACAGCCGAAGCUCGCUCAAGCGCCGCCGUACUAGAUCGCGCAGCCGACGGCGCGGUUCCACGCAGUCUCCGCCGCGACACCGCGCCAAACAUAGGGACGCAUCGCCAAGGGACCGACACAGGGUCAAGCAUGAGUCGCCCAGUCCCCCGACGAUGCUGCAGCGGAAGAUAGACUUCAAGGAGAAAAUCAGUGACACCAGUCUGUUUGCUGAACUAGUCAAGGACAAACACAAGAGAGCUAAGAAACUGCAGGAGAUAUUAAAUCAGAAAGAAGAAGAAUCCCAGGGCGCGUUGUCGAACACUACAUCUAUCAAUAACCCUGAGAUACUUACCAUUGAUGAACUUUCAAGCAAUACUUGUGAUAGCUCCACACAGCAAUCCAACAAAGAAAACGGUGAAGCGAUACGUGAAGGUGGUGAUGUUGUGGACAUACCGAUGCCGGGUGCGGAGGAGAGUGUUUCGAACCCUCCUCCAGCAGCGCCGUCAGGCCCACCGGCGCCUCCAGCGCCACCAGUCCCGGCAGCCCCAGCAGCCCCGGCGGGCGCGGGUGGGGCGGCGGCGGGCGCGGUCGCGGCCCCCCCGCCGCUGCAGCCGCCGCCGGAGUUCCCGUCGUUCGCGCGCCAGGAGCCGCACGCUGCGCCGCACGCCGCCUCCAACGGGGACGCUCCCCCGCCGCCGCCACCACCCCCACCACCUGUUGAGCCUCCUACUGCUGAGCCACAGAAAUCACGGAGCCCAGCAGUAUCAUCGCCCCUCCCGCAGCCUCCGCAGCCCCCGCUGCCUCGUGGCAGUGUGGUAGAGGCGGCCUACUACCAGAACUCUCAGCCAGCGCCACAGAAACCCAAGAGUCUCACCAAACUUCCAAUGCCGCCUAAUACACAGGUCGAAGACCUGAAGACUUUAGUGAACGAGAGCCCUCUAAGCACGCCUUCUCCAUCUCCCGUCAAGAAACCUGAGAAACCCAAGCGCACUGGCAUCAUGAACCUACCGAUGCCACCUGUGAUUCCGGGAUCGGAGGAAUUGUCAGGCGACGAGCUCGACGGGGGCACGCCGCCGCCCGCCUCGCGCCGCGACCAGUACUCGCAUGUCUUCAGUAACAGGAAGCAUGCUAGGGAUAAUUCUGGUUCGAAGUUAAAGAGGCCGCGCAUCCUGAAACGCCGCGGGUCCAAGGUGGUGCCCGUGGCAACACCUACGCAUCACGCGAAGGACUGGGGCGAGAAGUGCGUCGAUGGCUUCCAGGUUAUCACCCAAAUCGGCGAAGGCACGUACGGCCAGGUGUAUAAAGCACGAGAUAAAAACACAGGACAGCUUGUUGCGCUCAAGAAGGUGCGCCUUGAGAACGAGAAAGAAGGGUUCCCCAUCACAGCUGUGCGGGAGAUCAAGAUAUUGCGCCAACUAAACCAUAAGAACAUCGUUAAUUUACGGGAAAUUGUCACUGAUAAACAGGAUGCUAUGGAUUUCAGGAAGGACAAGGGCUCAUUCUACCUAGUAUUCGAGUACAUGGACCACGACUUGAUGGGUUUACUGGAGUCCAAAAUGGUGGACUUCACCGAGUCUCACAACGCGUCUAUAAUGCGUCAACUACUAGACGGGCUGGCAUACUGCCAUAGGAAGAACUUCUUGCAUCGGGACAUCAAGUGCAGCAACAUACUGAUGAACAAUAAGGGUGAGGUGAAACUGGGCGACUUCGGUCUGGCGCGGCUAUGGUCCGCAGAGGACCGGGCGCGGCCUUACACUAACAAAGUGAUCACGCUCUGGUACCGCCCGCCCGAGCUACUUCUGGGCGAGGAGAGAUAUGGGCCCGCGGUGGAUGUAUGGUCCAUGGGAUGCAUACUCGGGGAACUCUUCCUCAAACACCCACUGUUCCAGGCCAAUAUGGAGAUGAUGCAGCUGGAGAUGAUAUCCCGGGUGUGCGGGACCCCAGUGCCCGGAGUAUGGCCCAACGUAGUGAACCUGCCCCUAUGGCACACGCUGCGGCCAAAGAAGUUCCACAAGCGAUGCGUGCGGGAACACUUCGCCUUCAUGCCCCCGCAGGCACUCAUCCUACUUGACAGGAUGCUAGAGUUGGACCCCGACAAGAGGAUCACCGCCGAGGAUGCUCUGAAAAGCCCCUGGUUGAAGAAUGUGGUGCCAGAGCAGAUGCCCGCGCCCGAGCUUCCUACUUGGCAGGACUGCCACGAGCUGUGGUCCAAGCAACGCCGGCGGCAACAACGAGAGCAAGACCACACCCAAGGCAAGAAGCCUUACGGCUACUCAGAAGACAAAGACCAACCUAAAAAUGACAACCAAGACUACAAAAGUGAGCCUUAUAAAUCUGAAAGUGGUUUCAAGCCUACCGAGCCCGCGCAAGAGGCUGUGGGACAAGUGAAAUAGUACAGACUACAUUGUAAAAGAUACUUUCGUAAAAGAAAGAAACGGUGCUUAUAUUAGACCAAUUGACUAUGUGAUCUAGUUUAACUUGUUGCCUGUGGAGUGUCGUGACGAUGUGUGGGUUCCGUGCAAGUGCGGUAAUGUGCCUAGUCUAAUAUUUAGCUUCAAUCUCAUGUACGAUUAGCUCGUAAGGUGAAGGCUGUGUUCUUCAAGAAACUUUAGCACUAUGCUAUGCUUCUUGCACAAUUUACGAAUAUUCAGUACAAAAUUUAACAACCACAUCUCUGACCUUCUAAUGUGGGAUUUCAGAGUGGUUAAUCUGAAUAGACUUUAAUUAGUAUAUCAUUAUUAAAUUGAAUCUUAUCAAAAUUGAAUUUAGCCAAGUUUGUGAAGGUGCGGAACCCUGUGUAGCAAUUUAAUUUAUUGCGUUGUGUGUAACGCGUACCAAAACGUAUGAUAUAUGUAGUAACCAAAGUAUCGCAUAGCGCUAGUUACCUCGGACGGAUGUCAGGCGUCCUGUGCAUAUGUUUGUAAAUAAUGUAAACUAGAAUAAUUUUAAAUAAGAACAGUUAAUUUUAUUUCAAUUUUAGCAAAACAUUUUGUUUUAUUUUUGUUAAGAAUCCUUGUGAGUGUAGCAAUAAUGUUUGACGGUUGGCAACACUACUUUAUUUCUCUAAUUAUGAAACUGGUAAACUCACAGUUCCCUGCCAAACCGGAUGAAGCACUAGGUGCCUUAAUACAGCAGAGUACAAAGUGAUCUCUUAUAAACAUUCUUCUUGCCAAUGUUUCUCCCCUAUCUGGUUGGCAGUUUGUUCCCUUAAACCAUAAGGUUGCCAGGAAAAUAUAACCGAAUUCGUGUUGCCAAAAUUAAAUGCAGGAUAAAGUUAAUUAUCCCUACUUCCACUAUGUAAGACCAUGUGCGCCUUAUAUAAAUCAGAAAAAGUCCAAUAGAAACUGCCAUUUAGCGUAAAUAUUGGGAAACACCUACUGUUUGAAUAGCGAAAUACAAUAUUGAAUAUAGUAGAGAUUUGAUACAGCUGACACUUAAUUUAUGGAUAUUUGAAUCUAUAAAUAAAGUAACGAGAAUUUGCUAUUGCAAUAUGUAUGCAUUACUUAUAUUCAGUAUAAUAUACAGGGUCGAAGGGACAACGUGGCUUUAAACUCAAGUUUUUAAAUUCUAUAGGAUUCUGAAUUCCUCAGUUCUUAUAAUCAAGUUGCUUUUUAGGAAAAUCAUACAUUCUAAAUAAUAUAUAUUUAUAUACCUACCUAUAUCAAAAUAACUUUAAUAGAAUUUGCGAUUAUAGUCCUACUAGAGAUGCAUCAUAUCUAAGAUAGAAAGAGAUAAAUAAGUGGAAUAAAGGUGUAGAGUGAAUGAAAUAUUUAAUUAUUACAAUAAAAGGGCUUGUAGAAGCUGUAAUUGUAUAGGGACACUAGUCCACGAUGUUUCAUGUAUCCUUCAUUUGAAUUAAAUAAUGUUAUGAUUUCUGAUAGACAAAAGUAUUUCCUAAGGACUUACCUCUGUGCAGGUUUCGAUAUUUGUCAUAGUUUUUAUACUUUUCAAUAUACUAAGAGCUGAAAAUAGUGAAGUGAUUAGCGUAUCGCUAUCUCUGUCAUUCUUGUUUGCUAGUCGCAUUCUCUUACAAAUUAAUCGUGUCCAGCAAGUUAAUGUUCUAUGUUCUUCAAAAUAUGGCACUUUGGGUGUUGACUUUUUAAAUAUAAGACGUUAUAAGACGGGAGUCGUGUGAUUGUGUAUAUAAUGGAAUUGAGUUGUUUUCAUGUUUCGCGUAAUUUUAUAUAUUUAAUGUUAGGUUCUUGUUGGGUCUCGAUCUUGUAGGUGAUUUUGGGCGAUAUGGAUAAUGUGGUAGUAUAACAAAAAACUCAAUGGAAAUGACAAGUGUUAUGAACAA